AUCUCACGCCCAGAAGUAUUUCCAGUCACUAAACCAACAAAUGGCUGCUAUCGUUGAGCCGAUCAGCGAAGCAGAAACACCUUCUGGAGAAGCUGAGGCGAACUCUGUGGAGAAGGGAGCGGCAGUCGCGGAAAAGGAAGAAGUUGAUACCACACGAAUGUCAAC